AUGAGAGUGAAAAAGCCAACAUCUAAAAGAACUACCACUCGUAUGAGAGAAGGUAUUAAGAAAAAAGCUGCAGCCAAAAGAAGAAAGGACAAGAAAUUGGCAAAGAAAGACGUCACCUGGAAAUCAAGAAAAUCUAAGGAUCCAGGUAUUCCAGCUAGUUUUCCUUACAAGGAUAAGAUCAUAACAGAAUUAGAAGAAGGAAGAAGAAUAGAGAAAGAAAGAAGAGAGCAAUUAAAAUUGCAAAAACAACAAGAAAAAGAAGAAGCUUUGGCAAGAGGGGAAAUUGUUGAAGACGACGAUGAAAUGGAUGAAGAUGAUCAAGAAGAAGGGGAUGGAGCCAAUGGAUUGGCUGCAUUAUUGGAAUCAGCUCAACAAGCUGCUAAAGAGUAUGAUGGCGAUGACUAUGAGGAUAACGAAAAUGAAGAGAUGGCUGAUUCCGAAGAGGAUGUAGAAUAUGAAAUUAGUGAUAUCGAAGAUACCCAAGACGAAGAGUUUGGAGAAUUAGAGAAAUCCCGUAAGGCUUAUGAUAAAAUUUUCAAAACAGUGGUGGAUGAAGCUGACGUCAUAUUAUAUGUUUUAGAUGCGAGAGAUCCAGAGUCUACCAGAUCAAGAAAAGUAGAACAAGCUGUAUUGCAAAAUCCAGGAAAGAGGUUGAUUUUAGUUUUAAAUAAAGUCGAUUUAAUUCCAACUCAUGCUUUGAAUCAAUGGCUCAAUUUCUUGAAAUCAUCUUUCCCUACAGUGCCUGUCAAGGCUGCACCAGGUGCCACUAAUUCCACAUCGUUUAACAAAAACUUGACAAACUCCAUGACUUCAGAUGCUUUAUUAAAAGCAUUGAAAAGUUAUGCUAGUAAAUCUAACUUGAAAAGAUCAGUUAUUGUGGGGGUUAUUGGAUAUCCAAAUGUAGGGAAAUCAUCAAUAAUAAAUGCAUUAACCAACAGACACGGAAAUAAUUCCAAAGCUUGUCCUGUCGGUAACCAAGCUGGUGUUACCACAUCUUUAAGAGAAGUGAAGAUUGACAACAAAUUGAAAGUGUUGGAUUCUCCAGGUAUUGUGUUCCCUGAUGAACUUGUGAAUGCCAAAAAACAAUCAAGAACACAGCAAUUAGCUAAAUUGGCGUUGUUAUCAGCAAUCCCACCAAAACAAAUAGUUGACCCUAUUCCAGCUAUUACAAUGUUGUUGAAAAAAAUGUCCAAAGACACUGAGAUGGCCGAUGGAUUGAAAAGUUUCUAUCAGUUGCCACCCUUACCAUCGAAUGACUUGAAUGAAUUUGUCAAACAUUUCUUAAUUCAUAUUGCCAGAAGCAAAGGAAGAUUGGGUAGAGGUGGUGUUCCAAACUUAGAGUCGGCUGCCAUGUCUGUUUUGAAUGAUUGGAGAGAUGGCAGAAUAAUCGGUUGGACGUUACCAAAAGCAUCUAAGAGUGCUGCUGGUGUUUCCUCGGAAGAAGUCAAUUUGGAUGCUCCUAAGAGUUCAUUAAGAGGUGAAAAGGAGCCACCUAAAGUUGAACAAACUACUAUUGUUUCUACUUGGGCCAAAGAAUUUGAUUUGGACGGUCUCCUAGGUGAUAAUUUUGGUCUUGAAUAA